GGUGACGGUGGGAAGGGUGUGGGCCUCCUCAGGAAGUGACCUUUACGAUGUCGCCUACACACUGAAAACACACACUGACCUGUUCUCCGUCAACGCCGACGGAGCCAUCCUGACCAGAACACAGCUGGACAAAGAAACGCAGGACUGGUACAUCCUGGAUGUGGAGGCCGUGGACACAAGGACCCCCCCUACGUCAGCCACUGCAAUGGUCAGAGUUCAGGUGGACGACGUAAACGAGUCUCCGCUGUUUCCCUACGAGGUUUAUAAGGCCUCUGUGUUCAGCAUCGCCCCGUAUAAAACCCCCGUCAUCCACGUCAAGGCUUUCGACCAUGAUGUAGGUGAAGAGGGUCAGCUGGUCUACAGUCUGUCAGCAGACAGUCCUUAUUUUGACGUGGAGCCGUCCUCAGGUCUGGUGUACGUGGUGUCAGCAGUGGGUCUCGCUGGACAGCAGGCUGAGGUGGAGGUGAAGGCCACAGACCCCCGAGGACUUCAUGCUACGACCAAGGUGGAGGUGGUGGUCCAGGGAAGUGCGAGCAGCAGUGACGUGGUGGUCAUCUCCAUCAACCGGCCUGUUAACGCUGUGGAGAAGAAAGUCCCAGAGUUGGAGAAGUCUUUAGGUUCGGCUCUGGGCUGGACGGUGAAAAUCAUCGAGGUGUCGAGCGCUAACGGAGAAGCCUCUGAGACCAGAUCGCUUUCUGAGACCAGAUCGCUUUCUGAGACCAGAUCGCUGAGGGCGGCUGUGAAGACUUUGGUCAGCUUCAUCACCGUAGAUGGAGGGGAGGUCAUUUCCUCUGAAGAGGUCACAAAGAAGCUGCAGAGCCAAUCAGAUGCCGUGAGGGCGGAGCUAGUCAAAGUGUUUGGGGAGGGUGUUCAUUUUGACAUAGUGAAGAAGCCUGAAAGCCCCGCAUCCAACCAGGAUGUGGUCAUCGCUCUGGGCGUCCUGUUGGCCCUGAGCAUGGUGGGAUCGGUUUUAUCAUCAGGUGAGACUGGAAACCAUCAACAAGCAGCAGUUUGUAUUCAUGUGCUUCAGACAGUGUUGUGUUUUCAUCUCGUUACCCCCCAUGUGGACAAAAAAAAAUCUGAUAAUGCAGAUCUGAUAAUAAUCUCAGCAUUAUCAGGGAAUAAUCUCAGAACUUUCUCCGUUUGA